GUUCCACCCACAUUGUCGUGUCGCUUCCGGGUGGCCACUCAAGACUCAUCCAGCGAGUUGUCGUUAUCUCAACGCUGUAAACAAAAGUUACUAAACGGUUUAGCUCCCUCGACACAUUAAUCAAAAAGACAUGCAUAUCAAAACAGGUACAUGGGAAGCCAACAACACUGUGUGUGAGUCCGAUAACCUGUGCGACCCAGCAGUCCUCGUUUCAGCCACUAACUCUGAGCCUCACAUUCGUAACCGCCGCCUGUCCCCUGGCUCAGGAAACUGCGGAGGUGGUGGGGGUGGAGGCUGCAUCUCUGGAGGUGACCAGCAGCCCCGGCAGCUUUCACCUGAGGGUGACCUGAUUGGACCCGGUCACACACACGGUUUCACCUUCCGCAGGGAAAAAGAACGCAAGGGCCAGCAGCACAAAGGGCGCAGCCUCCGUAGGGAAAGUCAGAAGGGGGUCAGCCGAGUAAGUGAACGGCCACAAAAAGUUCAUCAGAAGGAGAGGUGGGUGGAGGACAGUCUGUCACUGCUCAAGCCCCCGCCUGCCUUCCCAGUGCAGGACAGCCCCGCCAAGCUGCAGCCCGCUGUCAGCUACGCUUCCAAGGUGAAAGCGGGAGCAGCAGGUGGAGCGCUGGAGGAGGACCGCCCCGCCAUCGGUGUGCUGCUUCAGAACCAGUGGGGUCUCAGUUUCAUCAGCGAGGCGAGGCCGGUCACUGAGGGUUCGAGCCCUCGCCCCGCUGCAAACACCCUCCCACCUCAGCCCACAGACGCUAACCAGCCAGAAGACCUACAGCUCGACACAAGUCUCACAGUCCAGGUCCCUGAAGAAACAUCAGUCACUACCUCCGUCACCCCAAACACGCGUCCAGAGGUGGACGAGAGCAACGGGAAGCUGCUGCUUAGCUGUCGCCAUCUAGUGGAGGCGUUGAACUAUCACAAUAGAGAAUGGAAUGCUAUGUGUAACAGACAGAAAAGAGAUCCAAAAAGGAUUGUCUGGUACAAGGACACCAAGGAGCACCCAGCCUAGCAGUGUGAGAAACCCAAAGUUCUAUAUAAACACAUACAACACACGCCUACAUGCACAUUAAAACAUGUAAAGAUGGACAACUUUUGAGUCCCGUUCACACACACACACACUGCACUCAGGAUGAUGUCUUCACGCAAAGCCACACUGAGACACUUUGGACUAACUCCUCUGAGAUCUUACAGCAAUGGACUUUUUUUAACGCCUUACAGAGAGCCUGCCUUAAUUAAUCAGAUGUGUUUCCAUCGCCUCUCAUUACCAUUUUUAGCUUGUAUGUGUAGAGCUGGUCUUUUUUUAAAACAAUCUCUGAGGAACUGUAAAUUAAUUUUUCCCCCCUUUUGAAAGCUGCAGUUUUAUCAAACUUUUCUUUUUCCUCUGUAAAGCGAGUGGUCAAUCAAGCACUUUGUUAAAAAAUCUGUUGUGACCAAUCCCUGUGUGCGAGAAACCCUCACCAGAGUGAUUUAUCCCCCUUCCCCUCAAUUAUAAACAGAAUGUCUUGUUCCUGCUUGAGUUCUAUGGUUCAUGUAUGCAGAGGACUUCUGUGUCCGUGUCUUCAGUUUACAUAAGGGUGUAGUCAAAGGCACAGUUAGAAUUCACCCUUUACCCCUGUCAGAUCUUAAUGCUGUGUUCAUUUCUUUGUUUUUAUUUGGUUCCCUAAUCAGGUGAAUGUGUUAUUCAUGAAUCCAUAAGGGAUCUCACCGUGUCCAGUAUGUUGAUUUUUGAGAAGAAAAUUUAUUGAAUAAAAAAAUUUACACUGGAGAAGGAGGAGGAAUGUAAGUGAACGGUAUUGCUCAAUAAAAAUGAAUAAACUUGAUAAGUUCAAUCUUA